ACUCACCCCAUUUCCCCAGGGUGGCGCUAGGGGCUCUGCUGGGAGCAGCGGUACCCCAGGCCAGAGGAGAUGGAGGGGGCGUCUCACACACACUGACCCUGGGAGUCGGGACAGGGCCUGGUUCUGAUCCUGCUGCCAGGGAGCCCCCUCCCCAGGGUGACCAGACAGCAACUGUGAACAAUCAGGACAGGGGUGGGGGGUAAUAGGAGCCUAUAUAAGAAAAAGACCCAAAAAUCGGGACCGUCCGUAUAAAAUCGAGACAUCUGGUCACCCUACCCCUCCCGCACCGCCACCACUCCCCAACUCACUCUGCCCGGAUUGGCUCGGGCUGGCAGCUGCGGGCACAGAGCUGAGCAGAGACAGACAAAGGGAGAAGUUGGCAGAGGGGUGUGGGCUGCAGAGGAACUGAAAGCACAUUGGGAUCCUGGACCCCUCGUCCCGCUGCCCUGACACCCACCAGAGCCCGGAUCCCCCUUUUCCUGCCAGGAUGCUGCUCCCUCUGCUGCUCCUCCCCUGGGCAUGGGGGGCCCUGACUGCCUCCCCUCCUGUCCCCCCAGAGUCUCUCACCCUCCGGCUGCUCCAAACCAUCAUCUUCCACAACGCCAGCUCCACGGACAUGGCGGGGACGGCCCUGCUGGGCGACCUGGAGACCCACUCCCUGGACUGCAGCACCUGCGAGGUCCGUUUCCUGCAGCCCUGGGCCCAGCAGGGCCUGACCCCGAAGCAGUGGCAGGACCUGCAGGAGUUUAUCUAUAACAAUCUGUCCAAAUUCAUCCGUCUGGUGAAGGCACUGGCUGCGGAAGAAGGAGAGGGCUACCCCAUUGUUACCCAGUUCUCCGUUGGCUGCGAGCUCCACCCCAACGGCUCCUCGAGGGGAUUCUGUGAUACUGGGAUGAACGGCGAGGACUUUGUCAGCUUUGACACGGACAGCGGCAAAUGGGACACUCGGCAGGGGGAUAAACUGAUGCUCAAAGCCCAGGAGAUUCUUAACUGCAACAAAGUUGUGGCCAUCACGCUUCAGUUUGUCCUGAGAAUGACGUGUGUCAGUCAGCUCAAGAGCUUUGUCCAGCAUGGGAAUGAGUCUCUGGCGAGGCAAGAGCGGCCGGUCGCCGUGGUGUUUGCCCGAGCGCCUCCCCCAGCCGGGACCCCCGCGCCGGUACUGCUGGUUUGCCGGGUCACCGGUUUCUAUCCCCGGCCCGUCCGUGUGGCCUGGCUGCAGGAUGGGGAGGAGGUGGUGCCGGGCUGGUGGCUGAACUCCAGCAGGAUCCUGCCCAACGCGGACCUGACCUACCAGCUGCGCAGCUCCCUGGGCGUGGAGCCGGGCGCCGGGCACAGCUACGCCUGCCGGGUGCAGCACAGCAGCCUGGGGGGCCAGAGCCUGCUGAUCCCCUGGGAGCAGAGCAGGCCCUGGGGCCCCGGCCUGGCCGUGGGCAUCACCCUGGGGGUUGUGGCCGUAGCCGCCGUGGCCGUGGUGCUGUGGCGCAGCAGACGCAGACGCACCGACUGACUCUGCCAGGGGCAAGAUGCUGGCUGGGGUCAGGGGCUCCGUGCUGGGGUUGCUCUUCAUGUUCCUGGGAUUGCUCGUCUGCCUGAGGAAUAAGAAAGGUGAAUGGCUCCGGGAUGGGCCCAGCAGCUCCAG